AGGUGGGAGGGACCAUGUUUCCUGGGUGCCACAUUCUAGUUUCAACACUCAGGAGACCCCCCAAAUCGUAAGCAGUAUGUGCUGAGGCUGGGCCGAUGCCAGCGGCAACAAGCGGAGGGCAUUGCGGGGGGGGAAGGUUGUUGCAAGGCUCGGGGGAGCUCACACGCCGUGCAAGCUUGUAGCUUCUCGCAGCCGUGCAGAGAGCCGCUGUGCGUGAGGCAGACACGCACCAUGCCUGCCUGCUGCAGUACCGCCCUCCGCCAGCCCGUGGAGGGAGGGUUCAGCCAGCCAGCCUCCGCGGGGACUGGGGAGGGAGAGCGAGAGGGGGCUGAUUCCGAGGCGAGACGCGAGCUGUCCGCGUGCGCUCCCCCGGGGAAGCAGCUGGCGCGCGACCCUCGGAGGGAAGCGCUCGUCGGGGUUUGUGUGCAGCUGCAGCGAAGAGAGCCCUGCUUCCUGGCCUGCUGCUCCGGGAGCCGUGCGUGUCUGCACAAGGUUCUUCCCUCAUUUCAAAUGUGUAUUGUAAUACUGGCUACUUUAAUCAUUGCACGAAUUAAACCAACCUCCCACAAACAUGGCGGACGAGGACCUUAUCUUUCGUAUGGAAGGUAUUGAUGAUGCCAGGUCAACUAAAGCGGUCUCUGGAAAUUAUCCUGAUGCUGAUAGUGAGGAUGAGGAUAGUUAUUACAUCUGCCCGAUAACGGAUGAUCCAGUAUCUAACAAGGCUGCAAACAACAAAGUCGCCAAUUAUUACAGCAACUUAGCAAAAGAUGAACAUUACAGUUCUACCUCUUCUCCUAGAAACUCAUUCAGUUUUAAGGAAGCCUGGAAACAUGCCAUUCAGAAAGCUAAACACAUGCCUGAUCCCUGGGCAGAAUUUCAUCUUGAGGACAUUGAAACAGAAUAUGCCACACGUUAUAGGUACAAUGCAGUUACUGGGGAGUGGGUCGAAGAUGAAGUUCUCAUCAAAAUGGCUUCACAACCCUUUGGCCGUGGAGCAAUGCGGGAGUGCUUCAGAACGAAAAAGCUGUCCAAUUUUUUACACACUCAAAACUGGAGAGGUGCAUUUAACUAUGUUGCCAAGCAAUACAUCGAGACUGUAGACAGGGAUGUAUACUUUGAGGAUGUCCGACUUCAAAUGGAAGCAAAACUUUGGGGAGAGGAGUAUAACCGGCACAAGCCACCAAAACAGGUUGACAUAGUGCAGACCAGCAUUAUCGAAAUGAAAAACAGACCUGGAAAGCCCCUCUUCCAUUUGGAACAUUACAUAGAGGGCAAAUACAUCAAAUACAACUCAAACUCUGGAUUCGUACGAGAUGACAAUAUUCGCCUUACCCCACAAGCCUUUAGUCACUUCACAUUUGAGCGUUCAGGACACCAGCUCAUUAUUGUUGAUAUCCAGGGAGUUGGCGAUCUUUAUACAGACCCUCAGAUCCACACAGAAAGUGGCACAGACUUUGGAGACGGCAACCUAGGUGUACGGGGUAUGGCUUUGUUCUUUCAUUCUCAUGCCUGUAACAAGAUUUGCAGAAGUAUGGGACUUACACCUUUUGAUCUUUCACCUAAAGAGAAGCAUGUCUUGGAUCAGAGUAACAAACUGCUUGAAUCUGCUCAGACAAUUGUACGUGGCACAGAGGAAAAAUGUGGCAGUAGCCGGGUGAGAACAAUCUCUGGUAGUCGGCCUCCUCUGCUUUUCCGCCUGUCUGAAAAUUCUGGAGAUGAGAGCAUGAGUGAUGUGGCAUUUGACUCCUUACCCUCUUCUCCCUCCUCAGCAACACCACAUAAGAUGGACAUGCUUCAUUGGCCUGUGUUCAAUGAAGUGGAUAACUUGGUUCACAAAGACCAUGACCGUCUUGAUAACCAAAGGGACUCUGAAAAUGGUGGAGACAGUGGGUGCCCCAGUGAAAAGAGAAGUGACCUGGAAGAUAUGGAUCAUCGAGAAAGGGGCCCUUCAAACUGCAACCGAAGACGUGAAUCUGAUGAAGACAGUUUGGGAAGUUCUGCAAGGGUCAGUGUGGAGAAGUGGAAUCUCUACAAUUCUUCCAGAGUCCACGUCCAUAGACCAUCCUGUGUUGCAGUGGAAGUUCAGAGACUCAAUGCACUGGAACUUGAAAAGAAAAUUGGGAAAUCCAUCCUUGGGAAGGUCCAUCUGGCCAUGGUUCGCUACCACGAAGCUGGACGUUUCUGUGCGAAGGAUCAGGAGUGGGAUCAGGAAUCCGCUCUUUUUCAUCUGGUGCAUGCUGCUGAUUGUGGAGAACUGGAAGCCAUCGUUGGGUUAGGACUCAUAUAUUCCCAGCUGCCACAUCACAUUCUUUCAGAGGUCACUUCAGAGGACACAGAGGAAAGCCGAGUAAAAGGAUUUGAUUAUUUACUGAGAGCAGCAGAAGCUGGAGACCGGCCUUCCAUGAUUCUGGUAGCAAGAGCAUAUGACACAGGUGUAAAUCUUGGUUCAAACAGAAUCCAAGACUGGAAGGAAGCCCUGCACUGGUACAAUGCUGCACUGAACAUGACCGAUUAUGACGAAGGAGGUGAAUAUGAUGGAACUCAGGAUGAGCCUCGGUAUCUGCUCCUGGCAAGGGAAGCUGAGAUGCUAAUGACAGGAGGGUUCCACCUGGCCAAGGAUCCACAAAGAUCAGGAGAAUUGUAUACAGAAGCAGCAGAAGCGGCAAUACAAGACAUGAAGGGCAGAUUGGCAAAUCAGUACUACCAGAAAGCUGAAGAAGCUUGGGCAAUGAUGGAGGAAUGAAACUUCAAAUGAGGCAGCUCUUGUAUAUAAAAAUAAUUUUUAUAGACUGUUACUUUGCCAAAAAAAAAAAAAAAAAGUAUUUUUAUGUGUUGCUACUGAUUUAUGUUUUUCAUAUUUUAAUUUUCUAACUUUAUUCUGAGGGGAAAAGUAUACAAAUGUAGGUUGUAUUUUGGGGGUGCUAUAAGGUACUUUUACCUAUACGUCAAAGCUGCAGUAUCUACGAACUUGAUCUUUUAUAACUUUUAACUGUUAGAUGUGAGGACCCUGAUUAAUUUCAGAAAAAUGAAGCUGAUGUCAGCUUGCAUUGCACACUUUUUUGUUUUACGUAGCAGAGUAUCAGUGUGUUUACUUCUUUCUACUACUACUACUCCUCUUCCACUCCCCACAAAAAACACACAUUUCUAAGUUCAAAGCACUUUUACAUGAGUAUUUGGUUUAUUUCAGGCACUUCUUCAUUUUCCAUGUAAACAUACAUGCAGAAAUUCCCUUUUUUAAUUCCCCUUGUGAAAUAAACCCAAGAACCGGUGCAAUCGGGAAUGGAAUUAUGCUAAUAAUACUCUUUACAAUGCAGUUCUCUGUAAAAAUGGUAUCAUUGGGGGCACCAUGUUUAUUUUCUUCCUUUACUGAUUCCAGAUGCCGUCUUCUCAGUUUGCAAAUGAAAAAAUGCUUUUUCUAAGUACUCACCCUGAAAAUCAAGCUGGGUCUUGAAAGUCAAAAUGGUUUCUCUUUAGGUCGCUCAUCACCAACAAUGCAAAUUCUGCAAUCAGAACUUAGCUAACAAUUCUCCUGAUGAGGCAUUCCAGCUCCCUCUCCCAUAUCUGUAUGGCCUCUGAAAAGAGGUAAAAACUUAUUUCAGUCAUAACUCUGAAUACACACAGGGAGAGCAGGUCCAUUGAAUAUAGGAGUGUCAUUUUUAUGUAGUAGACCUGUACUUUAAAAGUGUUAGGGUAAAAUUCUGGGUCUGUUGAAAUCUGUGGCAAAAUGCCAUUGACUUUUAUGGGGCCAAGAUUUCACCGAGGGCUAGUCUACACUUGAAAUGCUACCGCAGCACAGCUGCUGCUGUAAUGCUUCAUUGUAGACACUACCUAUGCCGAUGGGUUAGGUCAUAACUACAUCAGUCAGGGGUGUGGAUUUUUCACACUCCUGACUGAUGUAGCUGGGUCAAGCUGAUUUCGUUGUGUAGACCAGGCACAAUAGUAAAUGGAGAUUUUUUUUGCAACAUUUUGUAUUGUAUCUUAUUGUCCUAAUACAAUAGUCUAAGUUGCAUAUCACCCUACUGGACCUAUGAUGUGCUUCCCAUAAGGUACCAUAAAAAAGUCUGUAGUCUACUGAUUUCUUGGUAUCAUUUAGUUCUUACCGUGAAAUCUCCAUUCGCAGUGCACUUAACAUUAAGAAAUACCCUUCUCAACCAUUUCUAAAUAGGGACAUUUAAAGAGGUUAGAGAAACUGACAAAAAAUGCAUGUACAUUUACUACCCCUCUAUUCUAAAUAAUUUUGUGCGUAAGUUAUGUAAAAAGCACUCAGACUAUAAUUACUGUACAAAAGAUUUAAGCUGUUUGCUUAAUAAUCUAUUCAGCAGCUCAAUAAAAUUUGAGUGUACUGAUUCUCUAAAUAAUAGCCAUAAAGGUACAAAGUUCAUCUUCUGUUGUACUAGUGAUUCACAGUCUGUAGUUGCACACCUGAGUUUUGGCCCCCUCUGAUGUUCACACUAAGAUAUCCUAAAGGAUCUCUGUUUUUUACGAGUCAAUGAGAACAUAUUAAAAAGGCCUUAUAUACCUAUUUGUUAAAAAUGUAUUUGUGCUGGUUGCAAAAAAAAAACACAACCCCCCCCCCCACCUCAUUAGAUACCAUUUAAGAGAGAAUCUUAGUCUAAGCUCAUAGUUUUAUGUCAAGAGUCCGGUGCCAUCUGUACAGCAACUCGAUCUGUUUAUUGGUCUUAUUUAUUUAGUUCUGAUUUUGAGGUGAUUGACUGAUUACUGUCAUCAUGGGACAUGCAGCUGUAAGGUGGGUUUUUUUACCGUCUUCUGAGAGUGCAUAUUGACACACAGAAGGGUUAGUAUGACAGUGUCAUUAUUAAAGGAAGAGAGUGUUGAAAAUUUACUAUUGCUCCAGCAAAGUAUUUUAAGCACAUGUUUAACUUUAAGCACAUGAUUCAUUGAAGCCCAUUGAUUUCAAUGGGACUUUUGUCAUGUUUACAGUAAAGCACAUGGUUAAAUGAUUUGAUGGAUUGGGUCAGUAAAGUGUUGCACUUUUCUCUUCUGUGUGUAGAGUGGGUCUUCCCUGGGGCCAUCUUGGAAGUAUACACUCAGAAUUACCAAUUGUUACUUAAAGUCAGAUAGUUGGGAUGUUCAUAAUGGGAAACUGCAGUUUAGGUAUAAGAUUUUGGCAUCUUUUCAUCAUCUAAUUGCAGAGAUUGUUAAGGGGCAAAUCCUACUUCUUCCUCUGUAGCAUGCACAGAGCUCCAUUUGAAAUGGAACAGGUGCAUUUCUGUGCGAGUGCACAGAAUGGGUAAUACCCAUAGAUAGGGGUGAGCAUGCUCACGAGCAACGCUUCCUUAGUGACUUCAUUCCCUCCCGUUGGGAAGCACAGUUGCAAGAAAAUGUGAGCUCUGAGAGACAACUGCAUCAUUCGAUCUUGCAAACAGUGGAAUAGUGACAGGCAUUUACGUAUAUCUACGGGAAAAAAUUGGAAAAAAUGUGCAUACAGUCUACAAGUGGCUCGCCCACUGUAGGCACUAUAUAAAUAAAUAAUACAGAUAGAUAAAUAAUAUGUUUUUAUUGUAAAGAUAUAAAAGCUAAUCAUUGUGGUUUUCCUUUGCAAAGAAGAGUUGAUGUAGCUUACAAACACUUGCCCUCUAUAGAAAGGGGAGGAGAUUCAAAAUAUAAACACAGGGCUCAAAGAGGGUAAUUAUUAACAACUUUUGGCAUGCAGGUUAAUUCACUGAAUUGUGUUAUUGGUAUAAUUACAGAAACUUCUUCAUAGAUUUGAGGCAUAUCAAGUUAUACAACUCAACAGGCAAAAUAUUGUCAUUGUUAAUACUUUGUCUUCAAAAUCUUACAUUUGUUAGUGAUUUAGUUUACUUCUUGGCACAAACAUGGUAUCUUACAGUUAUUUCGGUGUACAACAGACAUGACAGUCAAUUUUUUUAGUUAAACUUAUGUUUACAGAAAUAUGCACAACUUAUUUUAUGCAAUUCCUUUAAAGAGAAAAGUAUGUUUUUUGACAAACUUUCUGGAAUGAUCUUGCUGCAUACUGUAUUUUUAAUCUAUUCACAAUGAACAAAUAAAAUAUAUUUUUUAAAAAUGUGAAAAAAAAUAAAUAUGGGGCCCAGACCUGCAGAACUGAAUUAGGCAAUAAAUUCCAUUGACUUCAGUGGGAAUUUUGCCUGAGCCAGGACAGCAGAAUUGGUGCCCCCCACUUUUUUUUUUUUGCAUGUAGGAAAUGCAGAAAUUGCUUGUUUGCAUCACUUAUUCAUGUCAUUCAGUUUUAUUGGUUUUGCUUUGCUUUACCAAAUAAAGUUUUCUUUUUGUCA